UAUACUCACGUCUGUCUACACGCCGCCCCAGGUGCACAGGUUGGCAACCAACCCUUUACAGGACAGUACACCACCACUCCCGGCUUCUACACUAGAUACAACUACCGGCGCACCUACAAAUUCCUCGAAUUCAUGACGACCCGUAUCCACACCAACGAUGCCUACCGCAACGUCGGCAUGUUCGCCGUCCUCAACGAGCCCGUCGGCGGCUAUCCCACCCUAACCUCCGAAUUCUACCCACACGCCUACAAAGCCAUCCGCGACCGCGAGCAAGCCCUCGGCAUCACCCCCAACAACUACCUGCACAUCCAGUACAUGGACCGCAACUGGCGCGCCGGGGACCCCAACGAAGCCCUCCCCGCCGACCGCGUCUUCGUCGCCUACGACAACCACAUCUACCCGCGCUUCGACCCGGCGCUCGACACCACGCAGGAGGCAUACUUGAACCGCAGCUGCAACGAGGUGCCCAACAGCGACGGCCAGGACCCGGCUAUGGUGGGCGAGUGGAGCAUCGAUCCGACCGACGUGGUCGAGACGAGCGAUGACUUUGACUACGAGGAUAACAAGGACUUUUAUGCGAAGUGGUGGGCGGCGCAGGUGAUUAGCUAUGAGAAGACGAUGGGGUGGGUGUUUUGGACGUGGAAGACGCAGCGCGGGCAUGAUUAUCGCUGGAGCUAUACGCAGGCUGUUGAUGCGGGUGUUAUUCCGAAGGAUCCCACUGAUGUUUAUCACAUGGGCGUGUGUUGA